GUGGCACUCAUGAAAGUUUUUCUUGAAAGUUUCGUGUUUUAAAGAAAUCAGAAGUAAUUCGUGGUUAGCGGAAAAUCAAAAGAAAGUCUUACGAAAAUCCGAAAAAUCUCUGGGCAGUAAAAGCGAUAGAGCGAAGGCACGGGAAGCAAGAUAUCUAAAGCUGAACAAACAGAGGUUCACCAAGACGUUUGAGUGGUGUGGGUCUCAAGAGGUGUCCGCGUCCGGUGCCCUGCAAAGUUUAAAGAAAAGAAAAAGCCGUUAAGACCAAGACACCAAGAUGAGUCAGCUUUCAGUCCCAUCUAUGAGUUCUCCCCGUUUACCUAAUUUUAGCGGAGUGUACCCAGAUGGAUACGAGAUAAAAAUUAUUGUAGAUCCUGAUCGCUAUGAGAUCCUCCCCAUUCGGGUGUACAAUAUUCUUCAAGUGGUGUCAGGAAAUGAUCUGGGCAUAACUGUUGAGGAUUAUACUCGCAUGUGGCGAACUCUUCUACUUAAGAGACUCCAAGAUAUAUACGAAUAUACUUACUACGUGCGUCCUGAUCAUUACAUCAGAAUUUCAAACAUUGUGCCAGUGCCGAUCCCUGCACCUCUUGGUGACAUGUUAACCCUGAUUGGUCAGUACAUCAUUCCAAGCAAUGGCAUAACACUUCAGCCUGUACCUCCAUCCCGUGCGUCCCCAGCCCAAGACUGGUGGACAGUGGAGCCGGCGGUCUUAGAUGCCUGGCUGCGUAUUCACUAUAAUUUGAAAAACCACUAUAUGAUGAGAGACUUUCCGUCGCCUUGUGAUGUAAAAGAUAAGCCAAUCCUUGCCCUUAGUCGAGGAAUUGGGAGUGAUAUUGUGCAUAUCACAGCUGCAACCGACAAGUUCUCUUCCGUUGAUGCGUAUGUACGUCUGGUACAUGAUAACCUCUGGACUCUUCCCAAAGAGAUAGCCGCCCAUAAUAACGUCAUCUGUGGUGUAUGUCCGGAUGAUUUCAUUGGAUCAUAUAUUGGAGGAUAUAGGAAAUCUUUCUACUACCUUUAACUUGUUUCUGGCAAAGGAUUUUUAUUCUCUUUCCCUCUUUCAUAACAUUUGAAGUUAUUUAUGAUUACGUUUCUUUGGGAUGUACAAUGAAUUACAAAUAAACAUGAGUUUACUAAAAUUUAUUGUGGAUUUGCAAAAUUUGGAAAGUUACUAAAAUAAUCUCGUGGAACCGUUGGUAAGAACGCUAAUCAGAGGGCCAAUUUUUGAAAUUCUCACUCGCACCCGCGAGCUCUUUUAGUGGCCGAGAGCAGUUGACUCGCACACCCCGCAGAGUCUUGAGUACGUACGUAGUGUGGUGCAAGGAUUUGAAUAUGUAGAUUGUCGGGGUACAGUGGGUUGGUGUAGAGACGGAUGGGACCCAUCGUUAGAAAGAUCUUGAUCUCAGAUAUA